CUGCUCCAAUUCACACCGACACACAACUUUCACACAUAAUUCAGCAUUAUAUUAUGCUUGCAGCACCGCGAUUCGGCGCCUCGGGGCUGCGGCGAACGUACAUUUCGCGGCAGUCCGUGGUAAUCGCCGAAAGCUACCUGCGACACCGGCGGCGAGGUGCUGCGAGCUCAGUACUGCAGCAGAGCUCGGCGCUAGCCACAGAUAGACAGACAGGACAGACUCGCACUGCGCGGCAGAUCGUCGAUCUGGUGCAACGCGGGUUCUCGGAGCCGCCAUUGAUAACAAAGCGCGAAGAAAAGUACUCGCAGGAGGAGAUUGAGUUUGCGAUCUUCCGGCUCCGGCGAAAGCUGCGUCGGUUCCUACUCCAUAGACGUACGGCAAUGAAGCUGGAGGCAAUGUGGGAGCUGUAUGUGGAGAUCAAGCGGAUGUCGGACUGGCGGAUCAAUGCCGAGCAGCUAGACCAGUUCCUACGGGCUAUUCUGAGGAACGGCGAGCGGACAGAAUGGUGCAGUCGUGCCGAGCAGCUGCUGGUGGAGCUGUCUGAGCGCACUGAGGAGGCGGACCCGGCCAUAUACAUGUCCCUUUUGCGGGUGUAUGCAAAGUUCGGUGAUAUUCAGCGAUUCGAGCAUGCUGCGAAAACCGCAAAAGUCAAGUUCGGGCCAGCCUGGACUGCUGAGCAGAGUGAUUUUGUCGAAACACGGGUAGUAGCCUAUAGCAGAGCAGGUAUGCCAGCUCAGGGCGAGCAGAUCAUGGAAGACGCCUUUGGAGCCACAGGUCAGCCUGUCCGAGCAUUGCGUGAGCUGCUGCUAUCGUGGACACGCAGCAAGGACGUGGAUCGGGCGUGGGCGAAGAUGUCGGAGCUGCUGAAAAUCGGCAUGGGCAAGGGCACGCGCGAAUGGAACGCAUUGCUACACAUGCACGCAGUGGAUCUGCGGUAUCGGUAUGAGCUUGUUGAGCAGGUCCUGGGUAGAAUGCGGAAAGCAGGGGCAGAAUGCGACCAGGUGACAUAUAAUAUCAUGAUGCAUGCGUGUCUUUUGCGUGGCAAGCAGGUGCUAUGGAAGGACUGGCACAAGCGCAUGGAGAAGGCAGGAUACGCGCCCGAUGUCUAUACGUACACUGCCCUGGUGAGCCAGCUGGUGAAUAACGGCCAAUGGGGCGAGGCGCUGAGCAUCAUCAAGCACAUGCGCACAAGCAACAUCCAGCCGACUGCUGCUACAUCUGUUGCCGUCAUGAGUAUGGAGCGCAAGCGAGGGCAUGCCAGGAAUAUCAUGGGCAAGUUUCGGCAGAGCGUUCUCAAGGGAGCGUCGAUCUCGGUCAACGAAUUUACAUCAGUGAUGAGCACGGCGCUGGAGAACCCGCGACAAUGGGCCACAGAGAUUGCGCUUAUUAUCCGGUGCUUGGAGGAGGGCUUGGUCGGUGAGAGCGCUGUGGUUGAUGCUCUUGCUGCGCGGUUGCCUGGUCUGAAUUCAAGCAGGCUGUCCAGCCGGCCUUUGGUUAAUCUGCUGCAUCAGGAUGCAGUGGCUGUUGGUGCGGUUAUCGAGGAGGGCGCUCCAGAACGGCAACAAAGAGCCACAGAUUGCGGCUGGCAGCAGGCGUAAAUCGUUCCCAGAGACGCUCAAUGUGGUUAUUCGGACACUUUUGCGCAACGGACAUCUCCAGCAGGCGGAAUCGCUUCAUAUCCACGGCCCGGGACGCCAACAUUGAGCUAAGCUCGCCAUAUACCCUGCUCCAGAUCCUCUAUUAUUCGCUACGGUCCGGGAGCGGCCCGUCGACAGCUGGGGGUAAUAGAGAAAAGAUCGAGCAUGCUCAAUAUGUC